CUUACAUGCAGUCCAUGGUGAGGUAUGCUGCGCCAGGAGAAGACAUGACCUUGAAAUGCCCCUACCCAGCCAGCAGUGUCAACGGCACCAAGUACUUCUACAGGAAAGAGAAAAUUUCGGCCUGCCCUGAGCUCGCAUCCACUCUGACACAGGGGUCGUCAGUGGGGCCUCAGUCUGCACGGUACGCCCUGGUGGAGGACAAGGCCAAGUAUGUCGCCACGGUAACCAUCAGGAAUGUGACGCCGGGGGACGGCGGAGUCUAUUGGUGUGGCGUCAGAAGCGCUGGCGUUCUCGGAGGCGUUGCUAUGACAACAGAGCUGCAGCUACACACAGACACACCCAAGACAGGAUCAACCGCCACUGUGUUGGGUGUGCUCAUUCCAUUGCUCCUAUUGGCUCUUCUGCUAAUAGCACUCGUGGUCUACAGGCGUAGACGACGCAAGAGACAAACACCUGUCUCCACUAUUCGUCUUGCUGCGUCUCCAACAGCACGUGUAAGCAGUGAGUAUGUGGACGUCAACCCUAAGGUCACACACCAGUGUGAUUACGAUGACGUUGGCUGUGCUGUCAAGGGGCCAGACCUGUAUGAGAGCGUGGACCCUGUGUACCUCAACCAAUCACCAGAGCCCAAAGCAGCCAGUAGCCCACCAUCGAAGAGUUUCCAGCAAUCACAAGGCAGAAAACCAGCCAGUGGUCCGCCCUCUGAGAAUGUCUACCAAUCGCUGGACGCCAAGACUAUGCUGGAGGAUUCUGUGUACCAAACUUUAGAAACCGAACCCUGACAAGCUAACAAGCCUGACAAUUUGCAGACAAAGACAUGCAUGCACAUGCAAAUACACACACACACACACACACACACACACACACACACACACACACACACACACACGCACGCACGCACGC